UUGCAAAUUGAGUAACGUGAAAAAUCAAUUAUAAUGAAAAUAUAAAUUCACAGUUUGAGUUUAUUGGGAGCAUUUAGGUGGAUUCGGGUUGCGGAUUAUAGGUCUCCCUAUUCAAUCCCUUGGCUUUCGAUUAUCUGCUUCUGCUUCGAGGAAGGUGAUACAGAGACACAGAUGCAAGAGGCCUAUUUCUUAGUUCUUACUCAAAUGAUUUAAUUUCUGGUCCUCUAUUAAUAUUCUAUUCAUUUUGAAUUUUUAUUGUGAAAUAUUAAUAUUAUAUGAUACAUGCUUGGAAUGGAACUAGUAAUUGCACUUUCUCUUCGAUUCCUUAAUGUCGAAGUAUUUUUUCCUUCUGCUGCUUUAUAUACGUCUUGCGUUGUCGAGGCUUGUGGUUAAGGAAUUGGCUCUCUUCCAUUCCAUCUCGAGAUUUUGCUUAACUUCGAUUCAUGUCGGCAAGCACUUUGAGGAGGAGACUUCAUCAUGGGGAUGUUGAUGGAAAAAGGAAAGAACAUUUUGACACUUCAUGUUAUGGUAGCUUGAGCGAACCUCUACUUAAGAUUCAUGAAUGCGAUGACCUGCCAGCAUUAGUGAUGGGACUCACACUUGAGGAUAUUUGGAAUUCUCAGCAGAGGAGGCAAUGCCACCACUGGACAUUGAUCUUUUCACAGUUGAUGGAUGAGUGGGCUCACUGGUUAGCAAAUAUUGUCCUAGGUUCUGGAUCACUCAUUGGACGAUUUUUUCCCUUUGCUGGUCAAUCCAGGGACAUUCUUCAUCCUUAUUUUGGUCCUUUACAGGAAGAAAGACUCAGAAAGCUACAGCAAAGGCUGGGAGUAUCCUUUGAUAGAUCUCAAGUGGUGCAUCAAGAUGCACUUAAACUAUUAUGGAGAUUGGCUUAUCCUGGUAGGGAGCUUCCAUCUCUAAAAUCUGAUCUUUGGAAGGAGAUGGGCUGGCAAGGUUCAGACCCAUCAACUGAUUUUCGGGGCGGUGGAUUUGUAUCAUUGGAGAAUCUAAUAUUUUUUGCAAAGAUGUAUCCGGACUCAUUCCAGAGAUUGUUACAUAAGAAAGAUGGAACCAGAGCUAAGUGGGAGUAUCCAUUUGCCGUGGCUGGCAUAAACAUUUCCUUUAUGUUGUUACAAAUGUUGGAUCUUCAGACUGGGAAACCAUCCACUCUAGCAGGAAUCAAAUUUGCAGAAUUCCUUGCUGGAGAUGAAAUGGCAUUUGACAACCUGUAUUGUGUAGCCUUUCAAAUGAUGGAUGCUCAGUGGCUUGCAAAGCGUGCUUCGUAUAUGGAAUUUAAUGACGUUUUGAAGUCUACGAGGAUGGAGUUGGAACGUGAGCUUGCCCGUAAAGAUGUCCAUAGAGUGAAAGACUUACCAGCAUACAAUCUGUUGAAAGGCUAACUGUUAUAUAAUGUAAAUAAUUCAAUUUUUUUUCCUUUAAAUUUUCUUGGUGUGGAAUAAUGGAUGUAGUGUCUCAUUCAUUUCUGUAAUAAUAAAUCCUCUGUUUCAAAGUUGAAUUAGAAAUAUUUGUACAGUUUAUCCAUCUA